UGUUGUUCAUCUUCACUCUGUUCCGCCCGCUCGCCAGACCAGGACUCUGUUUUAUGUUUGCUUCGUUCCUGCAAGGAGUACACAUGAACCAGCCAGAUGGACCACGUGGACAAAGGUGUGAUUACUCUGUGGGAGUACCUGAGACAGGAAGCGGAGAAGAGCUCUCGUCAGGCUGCAGAGAGGAAGGGCAUUGGAGAGCAGGAGCAUUGAGACACAGUGUGCUCCAUUCACCGGUGAUGAGGCUCCUGGAGUAUUUAAGCAGGAGGCAGCCAGCAUUAUAUCAUGUUGGUUACUACCUGGAUGUUACCCAGGCUGGCCACCAAUGGAUUUUGCUCAUGAGACCUCGUUCCAAGUUUCUCACGGAUGGAUCUACAAACUGGUGUCUCGCUAACGCUGUGCUGCUGGAUUUCUUCCUGCUGAUCUUUUCCUGGGUUCGACCUCCGAUCCUGCCUCCACAAAACCUGUCCACCCUCGACCGCUCCACUCGUGCCCACCAUACAAUCCUCCAAACACCAUUUACGUCCAAGGGACUAAGUAUCUUGGCAGAAUUCACCUCCGUAGUCCCACGCCGUUUCCUCCGGCCCGACUCCCUCUCCUCCUGGCGGUUUGUCAACAACCAACUACUUUGCCUACUGUGCCAAGACCGUACUUACUUCUGUGCUUUCAAUAAAUCUGUAAAACACUUCCUGGUUUCAUUUGAGCGUUUACUGCAUGUGGGUCAGAACUAUCCGAUUUUACACAGUCUAGCUCUGCCUUAUUUAACCAAGCUUCUCCACCACUACACUCCCGCUCGGUCACUUCGUUCCACUGACCAGCUGCUUCUGGUCAUUCCCAGUUCCAAGCGGAAGCUUAGAGGGGAUAGAGCCUAG